UCUUCAGAUUUUGGUCUCCUCCACCUCAGUCUUCGUCAUGGCAUCAGCAGCUCUGGAGCUGAUGGGUUUCUUCCUGGGCCUGGUGGGAUUACUGGGUACCCUAGUCGCCACUUUGCUUCCGUACUGGCAGAUCUCCGCCCGCAUCGGCUCCAACAUCGUCACGGCCGUGGCCAGCAUGAAGGGCCUGUGGAUGGAGUGCGUGUACCAGAGCACUGGGGCCUUCGUGUGCGAGACUUACAACUCCAUGCUGUCCUUGCCCUCCGACCUGCAGGCCUCCCGCGCCCUCAUGGUCAUCUCCAUCGUCCUGUCCGUCCUCGGAAUAGCCCUGGCGUCCCUGGGGAUGCAGUGCACUCUGUGCCUGGAGGGCUCUCCGGUUAAGAGUCGCGUGGCCGGUGCCUCCGGCUGCUUAUUCCUCACCGCCGGCUUCCUGGUGCUCAUACCGGUGUCGUGGACCACACACGAGGUGGUCCAGACCUUCUACAGACCCAACGUACCCUCCAGCAUGAAGUUUGAGCUGGGAGAGUGUUUGUACACUGGUCUGGCCUCAGCGCUCAUCUCUAUGCUGGGCGGGGGGGUGCUGUGUGUGUCGUGCUGCGGCGAGCCGGACAAUGGUCGUGGGAGACGAAACGCUGGAGGGUAUCCAUAUCCUGUAGGAGGCGCCAUGUCCGGCAGCGGCGUACGGACAACCUCACAGCUCUACCGCAAUCCCAACCUGCAGGGGGUGGGGCUUAACCUGCCCAGCAGGGGGCAGACUCUGGUACGCAAUACCAGCGACAGCACCCACUCCAGUGCACACGUCCAGGGCGCCAAGAAGCCCACGGCGGCAGGAUAUGACAUCACAGAGUAUGUCUGAGGUCACAGCUACUCCGUCACACUUUGAACUCACAACGUACAUCCACUGUUUUGUAUUUAUACAAAGUAUUUAAUCAAAUGUUGUCAUCACGAGACGCUGCCGCUUCGUCUUCUCUAAUUUGUCGGUGGAUAUUUUUAUUCUCUUGAGUUUUUUGCA